UCACGUUGAAAUGGAUAGCUUGAUCAAGCAAACAAGGAGGAGGCAUCGAGCUGCCCAGGUAAAAACAGAUGAGGUUGGUAGCCCCACUAGAGAGAAGACAGUGCCACCAAGAAAGUCUGUUUCAUUCGAAGAAGAUAAGAAGAAGCCCUCAAACUGGUUAGAGAAGCAGUUCUCUAGGCAAAUGAGCGACCAAAGUUAUGACUCAUUCAUAGACUACGCGGUUGCAGUUGCGGCCACUGCUUAUGCCAUAACCACUCCUGAAGAAACCUUGCUAGAGAGUUAUCAUAGUGGCCGAGAAGAUACGUUUCCUAUAGAGGAACCAAGAAGCUUAUCAAGAAAACUCUCAGGACAAAAAGAACCAGAGCUAAACGAUAACAAACUUCCAACGCCAAAGUCUCCAGUGAGAAAGUCAUCGUCGGUCAAAAAGACUCCUACAUUCUCCAUGAUCUUGAAAGAAGAUCACACCAAAGGAAGUGAAGAAGAUUCAGGGGAGAAACAUGAAAGACCAAGAAAACCGGUUUUUGAACCGCCAGAACCAAUGCAGAUACAACCACCGGUCAGGGCAAGAUCAGAACGUCGUGCUCCACCACCACUACCACCACCUCCUCCUCCACUUCUAUCACCUUCGCCUCUGCGGCUUCCACCUAGAGAAACUAAAAGGCCAAGUCCCGGUGGUAUUAGUCGAGAACAUGAUUCUACAGCUGAUACUUGGGAAAAAACUGAACUAGCUAAGAUCAAAACAAGGUACGAGAAGUUAAACAGAAAGAUUGAUUUAUGGGAAGCGAAGAAGAGGGACAAAGCUAGAAGGAAGCUGGACAAAUCUGAGAGUGAACAAGAACAGAGGAGAAAGAGAGGUUUGCAGAGAUUUAGGGAAGACAUGGAAUAUAUCGAACAGAUUGCCUCAGGAGCUAGAGCUCAGGCUGAGAAACAAAGGAAGAACGAAGAGUUCGAGGUGAAGGAGAGAGCUGGUAUUGUUCGUAGGACCGGUAAAAUUCCUGGAAAAGCAUGUUCUUGUUUCUGAGACUUAAACAGAUGAUCUAUUUGUAGCUGUAUAUAUUAGUGUGUAUGUGUGAGAGAUAAAUUUAUACACCAUGUAAUCAGAGAGCUAUGACACUCUUGCUUUCAAAAUUCAUAACCACGCCGUAAAAAAUGUAAACCAUCA